GCCGGGGGAACCCUGGAGCUCAUGCCGGCUCCUGCCGGGGCCCCACUGGUGUCAUGCCGUAAAAAUGUGCUCUCGGCUGGAAUUUGGCAGCCUGACGGGGACGGAACCUCUGCGCUUACAGAGGGAGCGGGAGCUGCGGCCCCGGGGCUGCAGGGAGAGGUGAUGGGGAGCUGCUCGGAGCUGUGCGAGGCUGGGCAAGGAGGGCACACCUCGGGGCAGUGGAUGUGCCCGCGGAUGGGAGCCCAGGGGUGCCGCUUUGUCCUGCGGGACACGGCAGGGACAGGCGGAGCCACGGAGCUCCCCAGAGCAGCGGGGCAGGAGGCGGCAGCGCCCGCAGCACAGGGCAGCAGCCCUGGGGCAGUGGGGACAGCAGGAGGUUUAUCUGGGGACACAUUUUGGAGCAGAGGAGCUGUGAGGGUCCGACGGUUUUGUUCUGGGCCCCACCCCAGCGAGGGGCUCCGAGGUGAGCUCUGGUGAGCAUCUCCGCAUGCCGCAGCUUCUGUCCCUUGGGGCAGGCGCUCCCCGCCCCCUUUCCCCGGAGCCCUGAGGCCAUCACCCCACAAUUUACCUGAGCCCAAACUUCAGCCUGGUCCCCGAGCAUCCCCCCGGCAGCACUCAGCCCGCCACACGCACACGGAAAUCGGCUCAAGCCGUUCCGUUGAAUCCCCCCCGGCCUCACCCCGAAGGGUUCGUGCCAGAGGUGCCAGCCUGGUGCGGGCUGCGAGCGGGGGCUGGCAGCGCCCCCCGGCCCCUCCCGGCCCCCGCCCGCUCCUGCAGAGGGAGCGCAAGGAGCGGGAAUGAGCCGCGGGCUCCGCGCAGCCAUUUCGUCCUCGGGAUGCGUCAGCAGGGGUGUUGCUUCCCAAAGAGAAGAGAGAACUCCGCUCAGACGGGAAACUUCCCCUCGCAAACCAGUUGUGCCGUCUGUUCCCCCUGUGGCCUGCCCGGAAUUCCCUUCCAAAACCCCCAGGACCCACGGCAUGCGUGCAGGGGAAUGAACUUGGCCCCUUCACUCAGGGCAGUGAGUGGAAAGGACUCUGCUGCACCUUCCAUGGACGAGCAGGGUGGGGAGCCUCAAUCGCUUCUGCUUCCCGGGCUGCUCCCUGCCUGCUCACCCUUGCCGUCCAUCUCUUUCUUUCUCCAAAGGGCAGAUGCCUCGGGCAGGAGGAGAGGAUUCACUUUGCUGGGGUGGCUGCUGCGUCCCACCUGUCCCAGCACCCACGGGAGCCAGGCUUGGCUCUGCGUGCUGCCGGCCCAUGCCAACACCCCAGAGCCCGUGUUCUCCCCAGGGUUUGGGCCAGGAGAGCGUUCCCAGCUGCUGCAGCCUCGGGCAGGGGCACUUGCCUGCUCGUCUCAUCGCUGGCCCCAGUCUAGCCUUCAGCUCCCAUCUCCCAAGUGGCUCUUUCUUUCCAGCUGGAACUUCCUGUUGGCUCUCAUUUUCAUUCUUUACCUCUUCAGCAGUGCAGAAAAUUGGCACUUGAUGUGCCCUGCGAGGCUGUGUGGGUGCUGCUGGCGUUUGGCUCCAGGUGAGGGUCACAGAGGAGCCCAGGCUGCCCGGAGAGCUGUAGGAGUCUCUCCUGGGCUCCCACCCUGGGAAAUCUGCCUUCCUGCAGCUCUCCAUCCUCUUUUCCUCCCUCAUCCUCGUGCCUUCCCCAGCUGGUCAGCAGGUUGCUCCAAACCCUGCACAUACCAACAUCCCACCUUUGACGAGGCGUGUCGCAGGACCAUGCUGCAGCUCUGGGAGCUUCCGCAAGCGCUGCAAAUCAGUCAGAAACCUGAGCUGCUGGUUGCAGCCCUGACCUUGACAGUUGUUUUCCAAGAGCUGGACCUAGGCCCCUGGCCUUGGGUGCAGGGAUUGCAGAGCGUGUCAGUCCGAACCAGCGCAGUGGGGACCAAGUGGCACACUGACCAAAAAGCUUAUGAUAAAACCAUACCUGUGGCAAUCACCCAGAUGUGGUCUCUUAGUUCUCUUAUUGCAUCCUUUGGGGCAGAGAUUGCUGCAGGAAGACCUGAAAUAAUUGGUAUUCAGAGCGUCGUAAAACCCCACGUGAGGCUGACAAUCCAGGCAGGACUGCAUUAUGGCAGAUGUCUAGCAGGGGAAUAA